UAUCAGUUCAUUGACUAAUACCUAACGUAUAUGCAAUCAACAACUAUUGCAUGAAGGACUAGAUAAUCUACAGCUUUGCACGUUAAUUCAAUGUAUAACGAACAAGCCUAGUGUGUCGUCGUUAACGAUUAUUUACAAAAUUUCCUAUAAUCUCUUGUUAACUGAGCUAACAGAGCAACUCAAUUUUAAGUUCUCUGCUCGACAGAAACGGAAUAAUUACGGGAUUUGCUUCAGAAUUUUCACAAUUUUCCGGAAAUCAGUCUUAUUAUUCCCAUGAUCGAGCAUUUUUUUCGCAUCCCAUAGACAGUAAUUAGAUCCUUUACCGUCUAUGUCCUCAUCAUGCAGCUAAUAUCGCAGGAUUCGAGCGAUAUACCCGAGCAAUAUUUGCCAACGAUAAUCCGCCACCUUAAUGGCUUCCGAAAUGAUACUCUUGACUUCUCUAAACCAUAUUUAAACCCGUACUUCGCUAACAUAUAUCCGUUACCAGUAAUAAUUUACUCCAUACUCAUUAUAUUAAGUACCUUGGCCAACUUUGCAAUGAUUUACCAUAUAUUCAAAUACGACGUGCAUAAGGAGCCAACCUGCGCCUACUUAGUGAAUAUCGCAAUAGCCAACGUCAUACACGUAGUUCUUGCACUCCCUAUCACCCUGGCUGUUUUGUUAAUGCACAAUUGGAUCUUCGGCAAAUUUAUUUGCUACUGCCUGCCGAUGCUUCAGGAUAGCCCAAUACACGUGUCAAUGAUGACAUAUCUUCUAAUCUCCGGCGAUAGAUAUCGAUUUCUGAGCGACCCUCGAAAGCCACGUUUUCCAGCAUUUGUCUGCGCCCUUGGGACAUGGUUCUUCGCCACUUGUAUUGUUCUACCAUAUCCGAUAUAUACUACUUAUUUCAAUAUUCCGGAUUUUGGUGAGUCAGAACAAAAUAAACAUCCAUUUAGAGGAGUUCAAAUGUGUAUAGCCAACUUAUCGGAAGACAUACAAGAAUACAUAAGAAGUUUAUUCAUUGCCACAUAUAUAGCACCAUUGACAAUAACGGCAUAUAUAUGCGUAAAAUCCGGCCAAGAAUUGCAGACUCGCGAGGGUCCACUAGCAGUGGCGGUAUUUCUAAGUAGAGACAAUAAUUCGACUUCCUACUUAAGACAAGGCAGUAAUGCCAGCAACGACGUCGCACUUACUAUCCAUGGAAAAAGGAGACGUGAAAACAUUGAUACAUCCUACGAUAUUGACGACUCAGAAUUAAAUUUACAGAAAGAAAAACGAACACAAAAGUAUCUUAUCUUCAUGAUAACAACAUUUGCUGUCUGUCUCUGUCCUUUAAUGAUACUCAGAUUGGCGAGAUCAGCAGUCAGGGAAACUUAUGAGAAUUCCCGUCACUUGGACAUAACAUACGUAACUUUUGUAUGGGUUGCGUUUCUACCAGCACUUAUAACCCCAUGCCUUUAUGCAUCAUGGCAAAUUAAUAGGAGGACUAAGGAGCGACUACACGACUUCUUGUGCUUUUCAAAUCGUCGCCACAUCCAAACUUUCGAAGAUGGUCAGCCCUUAUCAAACACGCGUUCUCUUCGUCCCUCGAGUCUCGUUGCCCAGAAUCCGAGACCAGAAGAAGCAUCCCGAUCUAACAACAGCAGUAUUCGUUCUGAUCGCGGUAUUGCCUCAGUGGAUGCUGUAAGUGACUCUUAUGUAGCUCAUAGCUCUAGACCGACAAGUCAGGCUACUUGGAGCAAUCCGGAUGUACUUGCUGUUGGUUGCGGAUCGUGUAAGACUGGGAUUGUCUCUCAAGCGCAAUCGAUGUGAAAAACAAGAGCGUUUGAGAGAGAAAGCGUGUCAUAAUAUUA